AUGCUAAAUGGAAGAUUUGAUAAUUUUUAGAUUCAGCAAAUCAACACAUCAACGUUAAAUUUCGAUCAGAAAUUCAAAGAUAAAGUGACUUUAGAUUGCUGGUACAAAGCAGAUGAUUCAGAUGAGGGCGAUUAUAUGUUAUCAUCAGGCUAACUAAAUAUCUCAUCUAAUAGACCAAAAAUGUUCACUUCAGGGACAAUUAUUGAGAAGGCAGAUGAACUUUAGGAGAAUUUUCCAUACACUUUUUACCUGUUCAAAGUAGUUGUUGGAAAAUCCUUUUGCUACAAGAGAGAUCCUCACCAAGAGUUAUCAUAGAUUCCAUUACCUUAAGGAUACGACUCAAUUUAUAUGGAAGGGGAAUCCCCUUCUAAUCUCUAUCAACAUAAGUACCUCAUUUAUAACAAAGAUUGUGCAUUGCUUACUUAUGUAGUUACAUUUAAGAUAAGAAUAGAGCCUUUAGCUAGUUUCACGGAUCUUAAAUCUUGUGGCGAGUGUGGUAAUGAGGCCAAAGUUUUUUGCAUUAAUGAUAAUGCUUACUUUUGUGAAGAUUGCGAUAGUCAAGCUCAUGACAACCUGCCAAAUAAUAUAGUAUAAAAAGUUAUGAGUAAGCAUGAAAGAGUGGGUACAGAAAAAAGACCUUUAGAUUUUGACAACUGUUAAGAACAUCCUAAUAAGAAAAACGAGUAUUAUUGUUACUGCUGCUAAUAAGUAUAUUGCUCAGAUUGUAUGAUUAACUCUAAAACUAACGAUUCUCAAAUUAAUAAUGCAACAGCCUAUAAUAAUGCUCUAAAUGACGCAAAACAUGCUGAUGUAGGCUUAGAUGAGAAGAAAAAGCUUAUCGUAGAGCAAAUUGGAAAUAUACAGGACAAAAUAAAACUAAUCAAAAUUAAUGCAGAAGGAAUCUAAUAAUAAAUAACUAGAAUACUAGAAGAGACAAUAAAUUCCCUUAUGUAAAUAGUCUAGCAAAAAUCAGCCAUUCUAAAAAGUGAUCGGCUUGAAUUAUCACGGCAGUAUAAGGAAAUAGAUUUCAUGAGUGAAUUUGUUAAGAGAUAAGCAGAGGAAACAACUCCAUUAGAAUUCUUGCAGCUCUUUGCUGUGAGUGAUAUUCAAAUUGAUAUGAAACUAAGUGGAAAGCCCAUUAUUACUAGUGAUUAAACAUUCAAGUCUGUAGAUAUUCAGUCACUCAUGAAUUCUAAUUUAAAUAAAAAUAAUCUAGAUAAGGCUAAAAAUUCAAUUGAACAACUUCAUCUGUUUUAAAAAUCAACUAAUUUCAGGACUCAAUUGUUUGGGAAAGCAAGAAAUAUUUCUGGACAAAAAGACUCUGGAUUAUUCAAUAGUUAGAAUGGCAUUUUAGAUGUUUAGAAUAAGAUUCCAUAAAAACUGAAGGCUUUUGAAAAUGAAAUGGAGAUGUAAGGGCCUAAUAAACAAGGAAUCCUUGACAAUAAUAGAUCAAGAUAAAAGGCAGAUGUAGUGAGUAAAAUUGAAAAAGCUCUAAGAGCUAUUGAGGAAAAACUUGAUAUUCCUGAUUACAAUAUCGUGGAGGAAUCAGUAUAAAGAUCAAUGUUUGGAAUAUUCCAUAAAAAUUACAAGCUAUUUAAGGACCCCCCAUCGAAUGACCUAGAUGUUAUUCUUAAAAAGUGUUUCAAGAAUUCAAGUAUUCUAGAUGAUCUCUCAAGAGUUAUACUUUACUUCAAUUUGCCGUACAACUAGAUAAUCAAAGAUCGGAAAGAACCUAUAAAAAUAUUUCCAUUAUAGCAGAAAUCCAACUAAGACUCUUAUUCAAUUCAGGCAAUGAUCGAGGCAUUUGAAGAUAAGCAAAGCAUUGUGAGACAAGCAAAUAUUAUUUUGAUGAAAGUAGAAAGUGAAGAUAAGGAUGGAAACCAGGUAAAUGAUGAUAAUGAUCAAAAGAAUACUGCUUAUAUAGUUGGAGGUUAUGCUUCUCAUGGAUGGUCGGCAAGUUUUGAUAAAAGAGGAGAUGACACUUGCUUCCUCUUCAAUCUAACUGAGAACUUGAGAUUUAACGCAAUUAAAGGCUAACCAUAUUAUCAAACUACAGUAGCAAGAGAUCAAACCAAGAGAAGAAUACAAUUCGGUGAAAGUGACUUAGUUAUCUCUGAUGACUUUAGACAAGUUUACAGUUAGAUGAAGAACACUUAUUUCGCUUUUGGAAACCAAAUAUUCUAAAAGUACAAAAUUGAAAGUAUUAUUCCAGGCAAAACCAGCUUUAGACCCUCAGUUGUUGAAGUCUGGUCCUUCAACUUAAAAGAGCAAGCAUGA